UUAAAAAUUAUAUCAAAUUUUUAAUAUUUUAUUUUUUACUUUUUAUUUACAGUAUUAUGAGAUGUCUUAUGGUCUGAAUAUGGAAAUGCAUAAACAGACUGAAAUUGCUAAGAGGCUAAAUGUUAUCAUCUCGCAAAUUAUGCCGGCUCUGCCACAAGAGCAUGGCUUACAGCAUCAACAACAAGUGUUAAAUGCUGUUGAACGGGCUAAACAAGUGACCAUGACCGAACUCAAUGCCAUUAUAGGGCAACAACAACAGCAAGGAUUACAACAAUUAUUGCAACAAAUACAUGCCCAACAAAUGCCACAUGGAGGAGUAGUACCACCAGCAGCAAGUCUUUUGGGUUUCGCAAGUGCCGCCGCAGCCGCGGCGGCUGUAGCUGGAGGUGGAGGAGUGCCAACUCAUUUGACAGGACCAUCACCGUCACAUCCCGCAGCAGCGGCUGCUUCUGUCACCGCAGCAGCAGUCCAAGCUCAAGCGUUGCUUAAAUCAUCAGAAUUACAACAGCAGCAGCAACAACAGAAUCAACAGCAGCAGAGUCAACAUCAGCAGCAUCGCCUGGUUGCUAAUGAAACCCCUGAAGGUCGUAAAUCAAUUACACUUACUGAUGAACGAUUGACCAGACGUUCUCUAUCACCGGGAGAUGAUAAAUUUCAUUUACGUACACCGGACAUUGAAGGCGACGUUAAACGACGUAAAGAAGAUAAAACUCUUUCUCAUGAUAGCGAUGGUGAAAAAAGUGAUCAAGAUCUUGUAGUCGAUGUUGCUAAUGAGGAUGGAUCACCUCAACACACUAACGGUGAUCAUAUAGAUCACCGGGAAAAUGGAACAUUAGAAAAAAUAAAUCUAACAACCAACCACGGUAUUUUGUCCUCAAUAAACAACAACAAUAGUGGUGGAGGAUCAAUUAAAGAUCGACCUUCGUCUCGCAGUGAAAGUUCAUCAGCACGGAGUACACCCUCACUGAAAAGUAAAGAAGCAGACAAACCGGGGACGCCAGUGGGUUUGCCGAGCAAGAGCUCCCCGAGCAGUUGUACCCCAACUAUGGGAGCAAUCCUUGGACCUUUAACGUCGCGAAGCGUUUACCAUCCGGCCUCCUCGCAGCAAACCUCACCGCAGGGAUACCAGGGCUUGCACUCCCGAGGCAGUGAACCACCACAAUCACCUUCCGCAUAUUCUAACUUAUCAUAUUCUAGAACCUCGUCAUUACUUGGAUAUGAUAAUCAUGUACGUGUUCCAUCUUCAAAUGGUUUUAAUAAUAUACCAGGUGGGAAACCGGCAUACUCAUUUCAUAUGAACGGUGAAGGAAAUUUGCAACCAGUCCCAUUUCCAACGGACGCACUAGUAGGCCCCGGAAUACCCCGACAUGCUCGACAAAUAGCCAGCUUAAUCCACGGAGAAGUAGUAUGCGCUGUAACGAUAUCCAACCCCACAAAAUACGUUUACACUGGAGGUAAAGGAUGCGUUAAAGUGUGGGAUAUGGAUUGUUCAUCACCAUUAUCUUCUAGUAGCAGUUCUUCUUCUUUAACACCAUCAGCAGCACCAACAGGAGCCGACUCAGCAGCACCAGGAGCACCAGGUUCAACACCACCACCGGCAGCACCAGCGCCAUCUAUAAAACCUGUAUCACAGCUGGAUUGUUUACAGCGAGAGAAUUACAUUCGCUCUGUAAAAUUACUGCCAGACAACAGGACACUAAUUGUUGGUGGUGAAGCUAGCCAAUUGAGUAUCUGGGACCUAGCAAGUCCCACACCUCGCAUAAAAGCCGAAUUAACCUCAACAGCUCCAGCGUGUUACGCUCUUGCAAUAUCUCCAAAUUCAAAAGCCUGCUUCAGCUGCUGCAGCGACGGCAAUAUUGCAGUCUGGGAUCUCCAGAAUCAAUCUCUAAUAAGACAAUUUCAAGGACACACUGAUGGUGCUUCUUGCAUUGAUAUUUCUUCAGAUGGAUCCAAAUUGUGGACAGGAGGGUUAGAUAAUACUGUUAGGUGCUGGGAUUUAAGGCAAGGACGCCAGUUGCAGCAGCAUGAUUUUACUUCUCAGAUUUUCUCAUUGGGGUAUUGUCCUACUGGUGAAUGGAUUGCUGUGGGGAUGGAAAAUUCUAAUGUUCAGGUUAUUCAUGCUGAUAAGACUGAUAAAUAUCAAUUACACUUACAUGAAUCUUGUGUGCUUAGUUUAAAAUUUGCUAAUUGUGGCAAGUGGUUUGUCUCCACGGGUAAAGAUAACUUGUUAAACGCCUGGAGGACUCCUUAUGGUGCUUCUAUUUUUCAGUCAAAAGAAUCAUCAUCAGUUUUGAGUUGUGAUAUUUCAACUGACGAUAAAUAUAUUGUCACUGGCUCUGGGGAUAAAAAAGCAACUGUUUACCAAGUUAUUUAUUAA